AUCGCGAGAUUUCCGUUUUGGUUUACAGAAUCUGUAGCGUACACAGCAAAUCGCCUUGUACUGAGCUGAAGCAAUUAGUUGAUAGAAUAUGACCUCUUGGAUAUGUUCUCCCGUGGAUAUGACAUGUGUGGGGUAGUAAGAAACAGGCCAAUGGGUCCUACAGCUCUGCCGGAAGUGUUCUGUUGUUGCCACAGGAAAAUCUGGCUGCAUUCAGCAACAGGAGCGCAGCACUUCCCAAUUUCACAUCCAGCUGAUGGUGAUAUGGAAAACCACUCACAAUGAACCAAUAUAGUAACAUAAGACAGCUGGGGGAUGGCACCUAUGGCUCGGUCAUCCUCGGCCGGAGUCUGGAAUCUGGAGAACUUGUGGCCAUUAAAAAGAUGAAAAGAAAGUUUUACUCUUGGGAAGAAUGCAUGAACCUUCGAGAGGUCAAGUCCUUGAAGAAACUUAACCAUGCAAAUGUAAUCAAACUUAAGGAGGUAAUCCGGGAAAAUGACCACCUGUACUUUAUAUUUGAGUACAUGAAGGAGAAUUUAUAUCAGCUGAUGAAAGACAGGACUCGGCUGUUUCCCGAGUCAGCCGUAAGAAAUAUAAUGUUUCAGAUACUACAGGGUCUUGCAUUCAUUCAUAAACAUGGGUUUUUCCACAGAGACAUGAAACCUGAGAAUCUUCUGUGUAUGGGCCCUGAGUUGGUUAAAAUUGCUGACUUUGGUCUUGCACGGGAGAUUCGUUCUCGUCCGCCAUACACUGAUUAUGUAUCAACAAGAUGGUACAGGGCUCCUGAAGUGCUCCUCAGAUCAACAUCUUACAGCUCACCCAUUGACCAAUGGGCAGUUGGUUGCAUUAUGGCUGAGCUGUAUACCCUUCGACCUCUUUUUCCUGGUUCCAGCGAAGUAGACACCAUUUUUAAGAUUUGCCAAGUUCUGGGUACACCAAAGAAGAAUGACUGGCCUGAGGGGUAUCUUCUGGCAAAUGCCAUGAAUUUCCGUUGGCCACAGUGUGUUCCCAGCAGUUUGAAAACGCUCAUUCCCAAUGCCAGUCCAGAGGCUAUCCAUUUAAUGACAGACUUACUCCAAUGGGACCCUAAGAAGAGACCAGCUUCAGCACAGGCUCUCAGGUAUUCCUAUUUCCAUGUGGGCCAGGCUUUGGGCACUCCUCAACAAAUCCUAGAGCAAGGUAGACCCCAACCAAACCUUGUGCCAAUGGAGACCCCAUUACAGAGCCACUCAGUGAUGCAGCAGCAGCCCCUUCUCCUGAAGCCUGUACCCCCCUCACAGCCCCCUCCAAACCAGCACUGUUCCUCCAGACCCCCACAGCAGAUCCAGCCCUCCCCUGUGUCCGCUGCUGCUCAGGCCGCCAUUUACCAACGGCACACAGAUCUGCUCCGUGAGCAGUCCAAGCACAUCCUGAACCCAGAGCCAACACAGGGCACAGCACAAAGCCACCUCCCCUUCAUCAUGGACAAAGGACCUCAGACCAAGACAAGGGAGCAAUCUGAGAACACAAACUUACCAAAUUACCAUCUGAAACCCAAGGGAGGUCGUCGCCGCUGGGGCCAUAGCACAGGACAGUAUAAAGGGGAGGAGUGGGAGGACUGUGAAGAUAUUGACUUGUCUUUAAGUGUUCUUGGAAAAUCAAACUUCUCCACAGAAAAGUGCAGACAUGGAGAUGGCGCCCUCCCCAGAUACAGUAAUGCUCUGGAUUAUAGUCGUCCUAAAGUGCAGGAUGAUGGUCCUUUGAAUUUAAACAAAACCGCAAACUACCAGGAACCUUCAAGAACUGCCUCUGCCAAACAGCAUUAUUUAAGACAGUCAAGAUAUUUACCUGGAAUUGCUACAAAAAAGAAUGUGUCACUAAAUGCAAGUAAAGACUUUAGUAGUAGCCAUCUUUGGGGAAACAGCACCAUCCCAUUUGGUGGCACUUUACCAAGCAGAGGUGCUCAUGGUACAAACACAAUAUCAGGAGGAUAUUUGCCAUCUUUUUACAAAAAAGACAUUGGUUCUCCAGGUCAAAGAGGGCCUCAGGUUUCAUCUGUAGAAUCAACAGCAUCAAAUUAUGCAACUUGGCGGUCUGGGCGCAGUCAUUUGAACAGUAACAUCUCAUUGCCCACCAAGAGCACACUGGGUAUGCUGCCUCGUGCACCAGUCCAGUCUAUCCAUGGACGCACAGACUGGUCUGCCAAAUAUGGACACCGCUAGUUGCCUCUUUGGGGCUCUAAACUGUGCUCCUCACGUGGUUAUGGCACUACUAAAGAACACUUUCACCUCCAAAGAGUAGGUUUAGUGGUUUUAUGUACAUACAUCUUAGCACAGCAAUAAAUCUGUUUCAUUGUAUGUACCGUGGAUGUUGUGAGUUAUAAUAUAAAGGAAAGUUUUGUGUAUGACAAAAUGCAGCCAGCCAAAAACUUGAACCUAAUUGCCCUUCAAAUGUUUUUUUUCUUUUCUACUAAAAUGUAAAAUAACUAAUGCCUCUGGUUAAAAUGUGUAUUUUUAGGCCUGAGCAUCACAAGCUGGUGAAAGGUCUAUUAGUAUCGUAAUGCCGUGUAAGUGCGCACACCCUCGUACAGAUGAAGCCCACACAAAGAGUGCACGCAGCACAUAAUGGCACUCAUCAUCCCCCUGUGAAGUACUCGUAUCACCAAAGACUCACUAAUGUGUACCCCAAGUUACACCAGUAGCGUGGAUAUAAAAAUAUAAUGCAAAAAUGGAACAUUAUUAUCAUAAAGAGCCAAAAAGUGGGGGGCUAUGUGAAAGUCACUGACAGGCACUUGCCAUGAUGUAGGAGUGCGGGUGAUAUCUGAAAAUGUAUAGUUUAUUAAAUUCAAAAUUUUGAAAUGUGGAGUUUGUAAAAAGCCCCCAUUUGUGUAGCAAAGAGGUAGAGAAGGUGUGAAAGCACCUCACAAUUUGCAGAGGGUGUAAUAUAAAGAGGGAAAUUUAGGGCACGGUGUAGGCAUGGGCUGAUCAUUGCCUCUUGCGGCAAGAUUUUGUAUUACAGUUACUGAAUGUUGCACCAAACUAUAAAACAAUAUGCAUUCUAUCUUGAUGAAAAUGUAACUGUGAGAUGUUUUGGCUAAAAUUCUGUUACUGUAAAAUAUUGUUUUUUAUAAUGAAUUGGGAAAUGUAUUUAUGUUUUAUUUUAACAGAAGUGCUCUAUUUUAAAGUAAUGCUGAUUGUUGCCAUACAUUUCGGGAUGUAGGCUAAUUGAUUUAUUUUAUUGCACUCCAUGCCUAUGACGCAAGUUGCCAGUAAUUUAACCUUUAAAUGUCUACAGUAUUGUCAGUACAGUAUUUUUUUUUGCUUUAUUUUUUAUGCAGCUUAAAAAUAAAGAUGGUUAAUCUG